UUUAGUUUUGAUUUAUUAAAAUUUAUUCAAUAAAACUUUUUUUGAAAAUGAAUUCUAUUAAAAAAUAAUAAAAAAUUCGUGUUUGUAGUGAUUUUAAACUAGUUAGAAUAGUGAACUAUUUGUUUUGCUAUCAAAUAUUCUUGUGUUCCAAAAAGUUCUUAUAUUAAAUAAGAAAAAAAUACAAAUUCAAGUGACUAUACAGUGGAAGAAAAAUAGAACUGAAAAAUAGAAAAAUGGACAGCUCAAUGAGAAGAUCGCAGCAAAUAUUGUUGCAAAGCGGAUCUAACUCAUUAAGUAAUAACUCAAAAAAAUCUUGGUCUGAAUUAAAAGCAGUUGUAAGCGAACUACGUAAACAACUAGCGAAUUUGUCGAGUAUGGUACCGAUGAAUAUCAGUUUCCGAACAUUAUCUGAUGGACGCGUUAGAAUAUACUUUUUGAGUACCCCACCUAAUGGUUGGGAAACAACUUUGUUAUAUACUGAUGUUAAUCCAAAUGACACAUCCCAACCCAAAAGAUUGCACUGGAAUUUAGUAUUAGAACCAUCUAUAUCAAAUGUUUCGAAUAGUGUUUAUUCCCGGGAAGUGCAAUUACUAUUAGAACGGAAACGUUUAUCCACUUGGGGUAUAACUUCCUAUGAGUUACACAAACCAAGUGGUAAAAUUGUUUUUCCUGCAUCCAGUAAUUUAUAUCAGUGUUUAGAUCUAGGAUAUGAGAAUGGACCCUUAUUUCCAAGUCAAUUACGAAUUUGUACGAACUGGGCUGCUUUAGAUCCUCAAAUUUGUCCGCAAAAUUCUGAUUUAGUAGCAUAUGUAAGCGGAGGAGAUAUUUGGGUUACACAUACUAUGACUGGUCAAGACGACCGGUUGACAUUAGCGCAUGAUGGCAGAAGAAAUUUUGUUGAUGAUCCAUUGAGUGCUGGUGUGCCAUCUUAUGUUAUGCAAGAAGAAUUUAGUCGAUAUCAAGGAUACUGGUGGCAACCGUACAGCGAAGAUCACGCAAAAGGGAUAUAUAGAAUAGUGUACGAAGAAGUUGACGAAUCCGAAGUAUGUUUGUUCACUUUUCCUUCAUCGCAAAGUGGAGUAGGAGAAUAUGAAGAAUAUAGGUUUCCAAGAGCAGGAACACCCAAUGCUAAGUCAAAACUUAAAAUGGUUCAAUUUAGAUUAAAUGAAAGAUUAAAAAUAUCAGAUAUUUGUGUGAAAGAUUUACCGUAUUCAUUGAGCGGGGUUUUUCCUUGGUUGGAAUAUAUUGUUAGAGUAGGGUGGACACCAGAUUCAAAAAAUGUUUGGAUACAAGGUCUCAACAGAAAGCAGCAACGUUUGGAUAUAAUACUUAUACCUGUCGACAAUUUUUGCGACACUUAUAAUAGCACACCCUCAUCCCCUGCUAGUGGAGACCAUAGCUGGAAAUCACCAUAUAACAAGAUUAUUAGUCCAUUACAGGUUAUAUAUUCGCAAACAUCUGAUACGUGGAUAAACAUUCAUGAUACAUUGAAUUUUUUGGAAAUUAAUGAAUCAACUUGUACUUUUAUUUGGGCAUCAGAAGAAACUGGUUUCCGUCAUUUAUAUUUAAUUACGUCUAGUCUGGCAGUCGCAAAUGAAAGCAAUUGUAGCCCUACACACAACUUAAUUAAGACAUUAAAUGGUUGUUCUGAAACCUCAGUAAAUAAUGAAAAUUCAGAAAAUAUUGAUAGUGCUUCCCUAAUACCGCGCAUUGUAAACAAAGUUGCAUUGACUUGUGGAGAAUGGGAAGUUUUAGGUAGAAAUAUCUGGGUAGACAAGCCCAAUCAAUUAGUAUAUUUUUUAGGUUUAAAAGAAACGCCUUUAGAAAAACAUUUAUACGUUGUUAGUUUGCAAAGACCUGGAUAUAUUCGUCUUCUAACUGAACCUGGAUAUUCAUAUUCUAUUGAAUUAAACGAUGAAUGUACUUUAAUGUUGCAAGUUUAUUGUAAUAUUCAACGUCUUCCAUCGUGCAAAAUUUUGAAAAUACAACAAACUUGUCAAAAUGGUGGAGUCGGUGGUAUUACUUUAUCAUUAAUGGGUUACUUAUUGGAAGGUGGUGUUCCAGAAUCGCAAUAUUGCCCGCAAAUUUAUCGACCGCAAUUAUCAACUGGUGAUAUUUUAUAUGCCAUGGUUUUUAAACCUCAUAAUUUUCAACUAGGUACUAAGUAUCCAACUGUGUUAAAUGUAUAUGGUGGUCCUGAAGUUCAAACAGUUAAUAACACUUUUAAGGGAAUGCGGCAACUUCGAAUGCAUAUGUUAGCCGCUCAAGGUUAUUGCGUUGUUUGUGUUGAUUCAAGAGGAAGUAGACACCGUGGAGUUAAAUUUGAAAGUCAUUUAAGAUGUCGUAUGGGUCAAGUGGAAUUGCAAGAUCAAGUUGAAGUUUUAAAAAUUCUAGCAGAUCAAUUGGGUUAUAUUGAUAUCAAUCGGGUUGCUAUACACGGUUGGUCGUACGGCGGCUAUUUAAGUUUAAUGGGACUAGUGCAACACUCUGAUAUUUUUAAAGUUGCGGUUGCUGGUGCUCCUGUUACUAAUUGGGAAUACUAUGAUACUGGUUAUACAGAAAGAUAUAUGGAUUUACCCCAAAAUAAUCCACAAGGAUAUUUAGCUGGUUCGGUGCUUAAUUAUAUACAUAAAUUUCCAGAUGAGGAUAAUCGAUUGUUAAUAAUACACGGACUUAUUGAUGAAAAUGUUCACUUUUAUCAUACUUCACAAUUAAUAACAGCAUUGGUAAAAGCAAAUAAACCAUACCAAUUACAAGUUUAUCCAAAUGAACGUCAUUCAUUACGUAAUCUGGAAGCUAGUAAACAUUAUGAAACAAAAUUAUUAUCAUUUUUACAAAAUAAUUUAUGAAAAUCUUGAAGUCAACAUUAAACUAAAAAAACAAAACAAUUAUUUUAUUUCUAGUUAUAAAUUUUAGUCGUUUGUUACAAAUUUUUAAUUCUAAAUGCAAAAUAAUUUAAAAAUUUGGUUAACAAUAAAUUAUAUAUAUAUAUAUAAAUUUUUUUUGUUCCAUUUAAAAUUUGAGUCUUUAUUUUUAAUUAGAAAUUUAAAAAAAAUAUAAUUAAAUUCUUAAUAAUUUAUUAAAAGUCAAACAAACCGUACGUAA